AUGGAUCCAACACCGCAGCGACAACACCAACAGAACCAACACCCAAAACCUCUGGCGCACAAAAAGCUCCCCCCCGAGGUCAACAGAAUCCUUUACGUCCGCAACUUACCCUUCAACAUCACCGACGAGGACAUGUACGACAUUUUCGGGAAGUACGGCGCGAUUCGUCAAAUACGGAUCGGUCAAACUCGCGAUACCAAAGGUACCGCGUACGUCGUGUACGAGGACAUUUACGACGCCAAAGCCGCGUUGGAGAAGUUGAGCGGUUUUAACGUCGCGAAUCGAUAUUUGAUCGUUUUGUACUUCAACUUGAGUAAAUUCGCGCAGAAGCAAUUGGAGAAAGAGGAGGAGAAUUUACGAAGAUUGCAGAAGAAAGAAGGCGUGAGUGGUGAACAAACGCGGGAAUAA